ACAAUAUAUUCUAGUACAGGAGAGAUGUGAUCUCUUUUCUUAGUUCCUGUCAGUACUUGUGCUGCAGUGUUCUGAAUUAAUUGUAGUUUCUUAAUGGACUUAUUGGGGCAACCUGAUAAUAAGGAGUUGCAGUAAUCCAGCCUAGAAGUAACAAAUUAAUGGAUUUGUUUUUUUGCAUCUGUCUGUGAUAGGAUGUGUCUAAUUUUUGUAAUACGUAGAUGAAAGAAGGCAGUCCUGGAGGUUUGCUUUAUAUGGGAAUUAAAUGACAUGUCCUGAUCAAAGAUAACUCCAAGAUUCCUAUAUAUUAAUGUAUAUUGACUAGAUAUUAAUGAUGGAACCCAUUCAUAAGGUGACCUUUAUGAACAGGAGUUACAUCAAUUUAUAUUAAUUAUAUAUUAAUAUAUAUUGAUAUAUAUUAAUUAUAUAUUAAUAUAUAUUAAUUAGAAAUCAAUGAUGAACAUAAACACUAAGUAUGGUAAUGUUUAUGAUUUUCAUUUUGCUUGUCAGCAGGAGACAGAUUGUAAAUAAAAACCUGAGCUGCCUAUCAAGAGAAAUAAUAAUAAUAAUAAUAAUUUAAGCUGCAAGCAGCGGUGAAUGGGCCCUCGCACUCCACGCAACUCGGGGUGUGCAGCAGCCACGUCACGUGCCGUAGUAACACAUGCAGACCACAACAUGAAAAUUUCACGUAAAUCGGAUCAUAAUCACAGCCCUUACUUCCUCUUGCCAGUAGGUGGCGUGAUCACUAUAUCUGAAUAUUGUCAUGUAGACGUGUUCAGGGCGGGACUCUUAUUAAACAUGUGAAGUUUCAUUGAGAUCGGACCAUGAACUGAAGUUAGGAGUACUAUCUGUUUUAUGGCCAAUCGGCAGAAUUCGACACAUCAUCGCGGGCACGGGGUUGGUAUCACAGUGACAUUUGAUUCAACCUGGCCAACUUUGACGGCACGCCACGGACAUGCCCUUCAAUGUACAUGCACAAAUAGCACAACUUUUAAUCAGCAACAUACUUUGACUGACCCAUUUUGAAGCAGAUCCGAUAUAUUCUCUAGGAGGAGUUCGUUCAAAUACAACGCAAAAAAACACUGAAAAUCACAGCGAUAUUCAACGUGGCCAAAUUUGACUGCACGCCACGGACACGCAGUUGAACGUACAGUCACAAAUAGCACAACUUUGAAUCAGCAAUGUUUUUUGACUGCGCAGGAUGGCAAUGCGGGAGUUAUUAGGGAAACACACUUUUUAUGAUAGUAGCGUAGUGGCCAACCCAAAAAUGACGCAUAGAAUAUACAUUUUUCACUCAGACUGAUAUGUGCGCCGCAUUUCAUGAGUUUUCGAGCAUGUUGCAGCCUCCAAAUAUGCAGUCAAAGGGGCAGAAAACAAUAAUACGAAUUCCUUCAAUUACAAUGGUGCCUUUGCACGGUCAGUGCUCAGGCCCUAAUAAUGCUCAGGGACCCCUGCGUCUGGAGCCCAGUCCAGGACAGAACUGAUCAGAUUGUUGAGUCUCUUCUGGUCCCGCUCUGUGCUUCCAGCUCCCCAGCAGACUAAGAUAAGAUUUACUUUAUUAAUCCCCUGUUGGAGAAAUUCUUUUUUUCACUCUUUUUUGUUUGAUUUCUAUACCACACAGGCUGAAAUGCACACUCAUGCACAUGCAAACAUGGAGAGAGAUGGUGGAGUGAUGGGCUGCCAUGUUAGCAGUGUGCCAUGAGCAGUUUUUUGGCUCUCCAGCUACCAGUCCACACUCCAUUCUGUGGUCUGUGGGUCUUGAACCAGCAACCCUCCGGUUUCCAAGCCAAGUCCCUACACACUGAGCUACUGCAUGAAGGAGGGCACACACCAAAAGGACCUCAGUCUCCUCAGCAGCCAACAGAGUUCACUAUCAGAGAUUUGGCCCAGACUCUCCUCCUGCCCACAUGUGAAGACAUGAAACCAACAGACUGAAACACAGACCUGGUCCCGGUCUGAGCCACUAGCACACACAGGGGACUGCAUCCUGAUUGGACUCACAGAUCCAGCAUGGCAGUCUCUGAGGAGAACCUGGAUGACUACAGUGUUUACAGUGAGCUGUCUGAUGAGGAGCUGUUAGAGAUCGCUAUAGAGAGGAGUCUCUCUGACAGACAUCUUCCUCCAGACUCUGAUCAGAGCACAUCAUCCUCAGCCCCCCCCACCCAACUAAACCAACCCCUGACCCUGACACUGACUCAACCAACCAGACAGAGACCUCCUGACCCCCCCAGACACCAGUACCACAGCCCUCCAUCCCAACCAGAGCUCCCAUAUGUCCCAGGCCCACCCCACUUCCUCUACAAAACCCUCAAAAGAGAGCUCAGUCCUCUGCAGUCUCUGAUUAUAAACGGAGAUACAGAGGCUUUGAUGGAUUUGGUCAGACAGCGGUCCAGCAGUCUGACGGAGCCCAACAAGGAAGGCUGGAUUGCUCUUCAUGAAGCUGCUUACUAUGGACAGCUGCAGUGUGUCAGUAUCCUCGUCCGUGCUCAUCCCAACUCAGUGAACAGAUGCAGUUCAAAGAAUCAGACUGCUCUGCUGCUGGCUGCUGGUCGAGGAAAUGUUUCCUGUGUCGACUUUCUCCUGAAGCAUGGAGCCGACCCGAAUAUCGCCACCAAGGACCGAGAGACGCCUCUGUUCAUAGCCUGUGAACAUACGAACAAAGCCACUGUAGAUCUCCUGCUGAGGUCUGGAGCUCAGGUGAAUCACUCCUGCAGUCAGGGAGGAAGUGCUCUUCAUGAAGCCUGCAGACAUGGACAACUAGAGGUCUGCAGGGUGUUACUAGAGGCUGGAGCCAAUCUACACACCAGAAAUAUCUAUGGCAUCCAACCGUUCUUCAUUGCUGCACAGCAUGGGCAUGUCGAUAUCAUCCACCUGCUCGCUAAGAGAGGUGCAGAUAUAAAUGGACAGGCACUGGAUGGAGCCUCGCCACUGUUUGAAGCCUGUAAGAACGGUCAUGUUUCCGCUGUGGAGGUGCUGCUUUCUCUGAAAGCUGAUGUUAACCGAUCCAUGAAGUCUGGCCUGCUGCCUCUUCAUGUGGCUGUUCAGAAUAUUCACACACGAAUUGUGUUGAUGCUGAUCCCAGUGACCAGUAGCGUCAGAGUCAGGAACAGUGGCAUCAGUCCUCUGCACCUUGCCGCACAGAAGAACAGGGAUGACAUCAUAGAGCUGCUGAUCAAAUCUGGCUUCGACGUCAACGCCAAGCUGUCAGAGGUACGCUCAAGUAUGUAUGAGGACCGGCGGAGCACGGCGCUCUACUUUUCUGUCUACAAUGGGAACCUGAAGGCCACCGAGAUGCUGCUGGAGGCUGGAGCCAACCCCAACCUGGAUGUCUUCAACCCGCUGCUUAUUGCUGUUAGGCUAGGCUGGAUGGACAUGGCGGCGCUGCUGCUGAAGUAUGGUGCCAACGUCAAUGCUCAGAUCUCUACCCAGCCGUCCUCAUUCCCAUCGGCCAUCCUGCUCAGCAUAGAGUGUUUGCCCAUGCUCAAACUACUGCUGGACAAUGGCUGUGAUGCCCAGCCCUGCUUUGACUGCCCGUAUGGCCAAAAACCACAUCCGGCCAUCAUGCCAUCACGCCGCCCGAUAGAAGAAAUGCAGGUCAACGAAGAUGAGCCACCACAGCGCAGCAUUCUGUUCUGCGAGGCCAUCUACUGCUCAACUUUCUGCUAUGUAGCUGGUCCGAUCCUCUCGAUGAUGCUGGACUAUGUCAGUCAAGUCCAUCUCUGCUCGCGGCUGCUGGAGGUUCUGGAGAGUCGCAGCGACUGGGCAUCGAUCAAACUGAAAGCUCUUCAUCCUCAGCCUCUGAUGCAGCUUUGCAGGUUGAAGAUCAGACGUCUGGUCGGGGUCCAGAGACUCAAACUGCUCCACAACCUGCCACUUCCUGUCAGACUGAUCCGCUUCCUGGUCUACAACGUCCACUGCUCACUCACCUGAAAUCACAUGUUACACCAAUGUUAUGUUUGUGGUGCUGGGAGGUCUGUGAGGAAGUUGGACCACUGUAGCCGGAGAUGGGCAGUAUUUCAAUUUAAUGUAUUUAAAAUAUGAAUUUAAUUACUUUUGAGUAGUUUGUAAUUUGUAUUUUGCUGGGCAGAAAAAAAUAAGAUGUAAUUUGUAUCAAAAAGACUUUAAGAACUUGUAUUUGAAAUAAUUUAAAGACAUUAUUUAUUAAUAUGUCUUUAUUUUACAUCUUUCGUGUGUGUGUGUGUGUGUGUGUGUGUGUGUGUGUGUGUGUGUGUGGGGGGGGGGUCAAGGUCAGCCCAUAUUGAGGUUAGUAUAGGAAGUAGUUUUAUAUUUUCAAAUUACAAAUUACUUGUAUUUUAAUUAAAUAUAUUUUUUGAUACAUCUGAUGAACAACUAUUUGUCAUUUAUAACCAGAUACCGUUUGAUGUAUUUGUGCCCAUCUCUGGCUGUAACCAGUAAGUUAAGCACAAACACUGGCAUUUUGUUUAAUAAAACUUUAUUGAAGAGGGAAUGUAAAGCUCUUUUUGUCUUAGAAAGACAGCUGAGAUUAUUCAACUUUUAAAUAUAAAACCACUGCUAAAUGUGUUUUUUAAGACUUCCUGUGUUUGCAGUUCAGUUGCUGCUCUUCUGUUGUGUUGUUGCAACUGAACUGGUCAUACUGGUCUUAUAUGGGUCUGAUUAUAUCUUAACAUUUUUCCCAACAGCAGUUUUUAGAGAGAGAUUAGAGAUUAGAGACUAGAUUAGAGUUUCUGAUAUCAAAGCAAAAUAAAAUUUUCAUCCUGGAAAUGUGAAACAAGAUCUUUAUUUACAUUGUUUAUUGGCUUACAUGCUUAUGGUAUUCAUGUAUCUUUGGCUUUAAUCAGUUACCAUGGUGGUGUCUCACAUAUUUCAUUUGUUCUUUUAUCAUGUUUUAGAAGAAAUAAAGAGUUUUUAGUUAUUUAGUGACCAGCAGCUCUCCUGUAAGGAGCGCCCCUUACAGUUUUCACGUCAGGAGGCUGAAAUUGUGUUGGAGGUCUAGUGUUUGUUAGGUUGUGUGUGAAUGCAUGAAGGCAUGGAUGCUUGUUUGUUUAACUAUUUAUCUAUUAACGAUAAUGCGAUACAGUAAAAUAAACAGUAAUGAGAAUUUUUUAACUUUCAGGGUAGGUGAAAUGACCUUUAACCUGUGUCACUGUCUGUGCUAUAUCACUGAACAUAUAUCAUGUUAUAAACACAUUCAGCCAGUUUUAUAUAUAUACUUUAUGUAUUCCAUAAAGUAUACACAGUUUGAAUUGUGAAUGUUGCAGUUUGUCUCCACUCUGUUGUUUAAUAAAGUUUUUAUUGAACAGCUCA